AUGUUUUCAAAUUACACGUGGUUUUAUUCUUUUAGAUUCUCUCAAUUGUCGUUCAGAUGCGUCGUUGGAAGGACUCCUCAACCUUUUCAUAUUAAUUCCAAUAAAAGAAAUUUAUCUGAAAUGUAUUCAACAGUUGAAAAAGGUUGUUUAUACACUAAUGAUUAUAGAAUAUAUUUUAAUAAUAAAGAUGGUCCUAUUUCACCAUUUCACGACAUUCCAAUUUAUGCAAACAGUUCGAAAAAAUUAUUCAAUAUGGUUGUCGAAGUACCUCGGUGGACAAAUGCUAAAAUGGAGAUAAAUCUCAAGGAACCGUUGAAUCCUAUUAAGCAAGAUGUUAAAAAGGGAAAAGUCAGAUUCGUUGCAAAUUGUUUUCCACAUCACGGAUACAUAUGGAAUUACGGUGCAAUUCCACAAACGUGGGAAAAUCCAUCGCAUUUGGAUGAUUCGACAGGUUGUAAGGGCGACAACGAUCCCAUCGACGUAUUAGAAAUCGGUUCGAAAAUAGCAAAACGAGGCGAAGUCCUGGAAGUAAAAAUUUUAGGUUGCAUAGCUUUAAUAGACGAGGGGGAAACGGACUGGAAAUUAAUAUCGAUAAAUUCCAAAGAUCCGCUUGCGGGACAAGUUAACGAUUUAAAAGACGUCGAAAUAUUUUUCCCGGGACUCAUGAAAGCGACCGUCGAAUGGUUCAAGAUAUACAAGAUACCUGAUGGUAAACCUGAAAAUCAAUUCGCGUUCAACGGAGAAGCGAAAAAUCGGGAUUUCGCAUUGAACAUUGUCGAACAAGUUCAUAAUUUUUGGAAAGCGUUGGUACAGUCGGAAACUGGAGAAGGAGAAAUCUCUUGCAAGAAUUUAACCGUUAAUAAAAGUCCGCACAAGAUCGAUGUGUCCGAAGCUAAAGAAAUCGUACAAAAAGCACCGGAUUUUGGUCCUCCAGCCGAAGUGGAUCCGAUGAGUAUUGAAAAAUGGCAUUUCGUAACUCUGCCAAAGGAAUAA